AUGUAUCAGAAGCGAUUAAAGAAAGAACGAAGAGCAAGGAAACGCUUGCAAGAGCAGCUGGACCUGGAGAUCAAGAGGCGCACGCAACUCGAAGAAGCAUUGAAAGCAACGGGGGCUUCCCCCGAGCAGGUCAGAGCGAUCACUGAAAAUGUGACGGUGGAGGCACGCACGAGUUCAGAACCGCCGGAAGCUAGUCCGGUGCACUCGCAGUCGCAGCAACAACCAUCACAGCAACAGUCGUCCCAGCAACCCCUUCAGCAACAGCAACAAGCCCAACAGUACAGGGAGGCCCAGGUGCCGCGUCCCUCCCAACAACCCUCCACCCCCGAAAAACCGGCAUGGGGAUACGGUUUGGACCUGAUCGGCAGUCAAGCAUCCGCCUUCUGGCAGAAUUAUCAAGAAUCGCUGGUGCAAGAACUCGAGCUGGAGAGAAAAUCGCGGCAGCAUCAGGCGGCCGAGAGGGACCAAGUGAAGUCUCCUCUUCAAGGUGGGUUUACCGGUGACGCUUCGACGCCACUGAAUCUCGAGCAAACACGGACACCGGUGAUUUAG